CUCUCCACGCGCGACUCUGGCCUCUGUCUGUCACUGCACGUACGCGCUCCCGUCCUCGUUGCUGCUUUUGCGGGCCAGACAUUCCAAUUCGUUUCACGCGCUUGGGUAUAUAAAGGCUCUCUGUUCUCGUACAUAAUGUCUGUGUCACCUGACAAACGACGAAAGAUGGAGUCAGCAUUAGAACAGCUGAAGAAAUACACCGUGGUUGUUGCCGACACGGGCGACUUCAAUGCCAUCGAGGAGUACAAGCCACAGGAUGCCACCACCAACCCCUCCCUCAUCCUGGCGGCUGCCAAGAUGCCCGCCUACCAGCACCUUGUGGACCAGGCUGUCAAGUUCGGCAUCGCCAAGGGCGGCAAUGAGGAGGAGCAGAUCAACAACAUCAUGGACAAGCUGUUUGUGAGCUUUGGGGUGGAGAUCCUGAAGAAGAUCCCUGGCAGAGUGUCCACCGAGGUGGAUGCCAGGUUGUCGUUUGAUAAAGAUGAGAUGGUGGCGCGUGCGAGGCGGCUCAUUGCCAUGUACGAGGAGGCCGGCAUCAAGAAGGAGCGCGUGCUGAUCAAGCUCUCCUCCACCUGGGAGGGAAUCCAGGCCGGCCGGGAGCUGGAGGAGAAGUAUGGCAUCCACUGCAACAUGACGCUGCUGUUCUCCUUUGCCCAGGCCGUGGCCUGCGCCGAGGCCAAGGUCACCCUCAUCUCCCCCUUCGUGGGCCGCAUCCUCGACUGGUUCAAGGAGAACACGGACCAGAAGAGCUUUGAGCCCCACGAGGACCCAGGUGUUGUGAGUGUGACUAAGAUCUACAACUACUACAAGAAGUUUGGCUACAGCACGGUGGUGAUGGGAGCGUCCUUCAGGAACACGGGCGAGGUGAAGGCAUUAGCGGGCUGCGACCUGCUAACCAUCUCCCCCGGGUUGCUGGGAGAGCUCAGCCAAGACCACUCUGAAAUCAAAGUCAACCUCACACCACAGACCGCCAAGGCCUGUGACCUGGAGAAGAUCCACCUGAACGAGAAGGACUUCCGCUGGCAGCACAACGAGGACCGCAUGGCUGUGGAGAAGCUCUCCGACGGGAUCCGCAAGUUUGCCGCUGACGCCAUCAAGCUGGAGACUAUGAUUAAGGAGAAGAUCCUGAAUGUAAAGAAUGGACAGUAAAGGGGCAAAACUGAGACGGAGCACCCAUGGGACCAAUCCCCCCCCCAUCUCUCCUUCUCUCCAUUCCUCCCUCAUCCCCUUCGGCAGACUGCCUACCAGACCUGCGCCGUCCAUCCAUUGGCUGAGAUCGACUAACUGACUGACUCUUGAGGACUGAUUGGUCUCCAAGGCCGGCCCCUUUUGUACAUUUAGACUUGAUGCCAACGAGACAUGCUAGCAAUGGACACUUAAAACCCUAGCAAGUCGGUCAAAGUUUAAAAAAGAAAAAAUCCUCUCGAAUAGCCUGAUGUCUUACACUGUUGAGCUGAGGCCAUUCACAGAUAGCGGACCAAUGGCCUUGAAAAUGGGCAAAUAUUUACCCUCUAUAGGGGGCUGGUGCACUACUUACUGUAUUUACUGAUCCCUGCUGCAAAUGAACAGAAUUUUUGACUCUUGACAUUUUGAAAUUAUGAUCAUUCCAGAGAGGAAAAAAAGAGAACCAUGUUUUUGAUUUAGCUCAUUAAAAACCUGCCCUGGGUCUAA